UAUAUGGCAAUGUAGAAGGGUCCUGUGAGCCUUAUUUUAACCUUAUCCUACUUUGUUUUUGCAGCCGUCGAUUGUGGUAUGCCUCAUCAUCCUGAAAAUGGAGCAGUCGUUUACCUGACCGAAUCUGAGGAGACUCAUUACCAAGCCACUAUCCGCUACGUAUGCAGUGAGCCCUACUAUACACUAAACAGCAAUGCAAGCGGAAUCUAUCGGUGUUCAGCCAAUGGGAAAUGGGUAGAUGAAGAAGAGAAAACAGAGCUUCCGGUUUGCAUCCCAGUCUGUGGAGUUCCCCAUACACCCAUUGAAGAAACAGGGCGGAUUUUUGGAGGUGUAUUUGCUAAAUCAGGAAACUUCCCUUGGCAUGUCUAUUUUUACAGUCCACAAGGUGGAGGAGCUCUCAUUUCAGACCGCUGGAUAGUUACAGCAGCCCAAUUGCUGGAUGCAAACACAAACCCAACUAUCUAUGCUGGCCUGCUCUUAGCUGGCCCCAGUGCAUUGAGGGGAGCUAGCCCACUAGAUGUGGAUCAUGUGUUCAUCCCAACUGGACAACAGCAACAGAACCCCGGACUAACUUUGAUAAUGGCAUUGCUCUGCUGAGA